GGAGCGUGUCGUUCAGUUUUCCGUUACACCGGAGCUGUAACCGCUAGAAAUGGCUCGUCUGCUCAGUUUUCACCGCUAAAAACUUCGCCGACUCCAAAUGAGAUGCGCUGUUUGUCACUUUAAUUUCAAAUUUGCUUUAUUUUUCUUUCCGGAGACAAAUGAGUCGAGAAGAAACGUCAAAAGAGAGGCAGAAGAGUAGCAAUCUUCUUCUCCUUCAGGUCCCGACACUUUGUGCUGGGAGCGCUUCCAGCGAGCCAGAGGCCACCAGCUGCCGAUGACUCCAUAAGCAGCGGCCAUGGCUGCCCAUCGAAUCAUUCGAGUGAACAACAAUCACAUCCUCCCUCGCUGUAAGUCUGAGGGGACGCUCAUCGAGCUGGACGAGGGGCCGGCCGGGACCAGUCUCAGUGAUGUUAAAGUGCCUUCUCCCAGUGCCUUAAAGCUUGACAGUCAAGACUCCCUCGGAGCUGCUCAGGAGGUGGUUGCUAUCAAGGAUUAUUGCCCCAGCAGCUUCACCACCCUGAAGUUCUCCAAAGGGGAUCGCCUCUAUGUUCUGGACACAUCAGGCGGGGAAUGGUGGUACGCCCACAACAACACGGAGAUGGGAUACAUCCCAGCCGCCUACGUCCAGCCAGUCAAUUUCAGGAACUCUUCACUAAGCGACAGUGGGAUGAUUGACAGCCUCGGGGAAGGGUAUGAUGACGGUGGGAAGGAGUUUGGAGGUCUUGGGGAGUGGAUGGGGAUGAGCCUGAAGCCCUCCACCAUUUACAACAACACCCCGUUUUCUGUGAAUCCUUUCAUCUGUCCGUUAAAUCAAAACUCCAAAGACGUAAGCGGGAGGAACUCAGCGGAUCUUAUCUACUUGGAGUCUCUGGCAUCUCCAUCGUCUUGUUCCAACAGUUGUUCAAUCAUGAGCAACGGGUUCAGCAGCUGCCAUAUUAAUAGCCUCAACUCAACCAGUCCAAAUCAAGAGGUUACAUCCAACUUCCAGAGUGAAAACCCCUAUUUUAAAAGCAAACGUUCCCACAGUCUGUCAGAACUCUCUGUCUUACAGGCGCAGUCGAAUCCAACUUUACCUUCGUCUGGGUUCUUUACGGGCCUGACGGCUCCUUUACCGGAGCAGUUUCAGAGCAGAGAGGAUUUCAGGACUGCCUGGUUGAACCACAGAAAAUUGGCUCGGUCUUGCCAUGACCUGGACUCUUUGGGCCAGAGUCCCGGAUGGGGUCAGACCCAACCGGUGGAAACUAAUAUUGUCUGCCGGCUGGACUGUAACGGAGGAGUUGUUCAGCUUCCUGACACACACAUCAGCGUACACAUCCCUGAGGGUCACGUCGGUCAUGGAGACUACCAGCAAAUUUCCAUGAAGGCUUUACUGGACCCCCCUCUGGAGCUGAACAACAACCGCUGCACCACGGUAAGCCCAGUGGUGGAAAUCAAGCUCAGCAACAUGGAGACAAAGUCGUUCCUAACACUAGAGAUAAAAGUGGCAGUGGCUUUGAAGAAGGAGAGUUGUCAUGCUGCCGAUGUGCUUUGUGUGCGCAGUGACUGCAAGGAAGGACCUUACACCCCGAUACCCAAUGCCUACAUCUUCAAAGACACAGUUCAGGUACAGCUGGAAAGUCUGGAGCCUUGCAUGUAUGUAGCGAUUGUUGUUCAGGCACACUACGUCGGACACAACACAACAGUCUGGGACCAUGUGCAGAGGAAAGUCAGUCUGGGUGUUUACGGACCCAAACACAUCCAUCCCUCGUUCAAGACAGUUGUGGCUAUGUUUGGGCAUGAUUGUGCCCCCAAAACCUUGUUGGUGAAUGAUGUAACAUGGCAAGCGGCCUCUACUCCACCUGUAGCGCUGCAGCUGUGGGGGAAGCAUCAGUUUGUGUUGCCAUUCCCUCAGGACCUGCAGAUUGGACUCUAUUCCAACAUGUCCAACUACCAGGUGAAGGCGAGUGAAGGAACCGGGAUGAUACGGGGGUUUCAGGUGAAGCUCGGGAAAGUUAGCAGGCUCCUCUUCAUGAUCACAUCGCACAACCCCAGCAGUAUCUCAGACUUUACUCUCAGGGUCCAGGUUAAGGAUGCUUUAGACUGCAUCUUGACCCAAUUCUGUGUCCAGACGCCACAGCCGCCACCAAAAACUGGAGCAAAGAUCACUGGCCAGCGGAGAUUCCUGAAAAAGAGAGAGGUUGAUAAGAUCGUACUGUCGCCUCUGGCUGUCACCUCAAAACACCCAAAGUUUCAGGAUCGGUGUGUUACCAACCUGAAGUUUGGUAAGCUGAUUAAAACGGUGAUCAGGCAGCAUAAGAACAUGUACCUGCUGGAGUACAAGAAGGGGGACGUUAUGGCCUUACUCAGCGAGGAGAAAAUCAAGCUACGAGGGCAGCUUCGAACCAAGGAGUGGUAUAUCGGAUACUACCAGGGAAAGCUGGGGCUGGUUCAUGCUAAGAACGUUCUAGUUCUUGGUAAAGUCAAGCCCAUUUACUGGUGUGGGCCAGACCUCACCACCACAAUGUUGCUGGAUCAGAUCCUGAAGCCUUGCAAGUUCCUCACCUACAUCUACGCAACUGUGAGGACGGUCCUGAUGGAGAACGUGGGCAGCUGGAGGGCAUUUGCAGAUGCACUUGGAUACGGGAACCUGCCCCUGAAUUAUUUUUGUCGGACAGAACUGGACAAUGAGCCGGAGAGAGUGGCGUCGGUUCUGGAGAAGCUAAAGGAAGAGUGUACCAACAUGGAGAACAAGGAGAGGAAGUCCUUCCAACGGGAGCUUAUGAUGGCGUUGCUGAAGAUGGACUGCCAGGGUUUGGUGGCGAAGCUGGUGCUGGACUUUGUCUUGCUGACCACAGCGGUGGAGGUGGCGUCCAGGUGGAGGGAGCUGGCCGAGAAGCUAGCCCGAGUUUCCAGGCAGCAGAUGGAGGCUUACGAGGCUCCGCACCGCGACAAGAACGGCGUCCUGGACAACGAGUCCAUGUGGAAACCAGCGUAUGAUUUCCUGUUGACUUGGGCCGCCCACGUUGGGGACAGCUACCGGGACGUGAUCCAGGAACUCCACCACGGCCUGGACAAAAUGAGGAACCCCAUCACUAAGAGGUGGAAACACCUGACAGGGGCGCUGAUCCUCGUAAACUGUCUCGAUACCCUCCGCAGUGCCGCUUUCUGCCCCACCGGCUAUGGGGACUUUGCUGUUUGAGCUUUCUGUCCCUCUUGAUAAACAUUUAAACGCUCCAGCGCAUGGUGGGACUAAUUCAAACCCAUUUUUAAAACUAGAACAUGGCCGAAUCUCAAGGCUUUAUCCUGCAUCGGAUUAUCAGAAUAUGUGGAAACUUUCAUUGAGAGCCCUGCUUGUUUGUUUUUUUGCUUUUCUACUUCUUUCUACUGUGUCCUUUGACUUGUUUGCGUCUUUUUUUAUAUUGUAAACUGCUCCUGUCACUGUCUGUCUGUUAAUUGUUGCUUGUUUUUAGGUUUUUCCUUUCUUUACCCUCAGGGGAAUAUAAAAAAACCUCUCAUAUCACAGUAAAUAAACAACAAUGCGAGCUGUUUAUGUACUUGGGCAGGUUUGUUGAUUCUAAACACAAAAAUUAUCUUCUAUAAAAACAAAACUUAAGCCCUUGAGUAAAACAUAUUUAUAUAUUUCAGUUUUAUAAAUUCAAACAUUAAGAUUCAAUUUUUUAGAAACUAAAUUGCCAAACAGUAAAGCUAACAUUAUUGUUAGCAUUAGCCGUUAGCAAUUACAAUCAGUACAAUAAGAGAUUAACUUUGUUAAUGAAUAUACGUCAUUUUCAAAGUAAAACUGAAGUGUAAUAUAAACAAAAAAUACCUUUUAGUGGGAAAUCAGUUUAAACACUCGUAGCUAGCACUAGCUUACCUAAGAGUGUUAGCUUGUAAGCUAUCAUGAAUUCAUUGGGAAUACAGUAUAUACUAUUCAAAAUGUCUCAAUAUAUACAUGACAGAAAAACAUGAGUUUAUAUUUGAAGAUAAAAACAAUGACAUUGUUGAUAAUGUUUAUUAUAAUAAUGUUGAGUAAUGCUAACGCUACAGUUAGCACUAGCUGUCCAUAUUGUUAAAGAUGUUCUGCCUCUUGAUGCUAUUGAAUCAAUUUUUGAAAAUAAUGGGAGAUAUCCUACAAUUCAGUCCAACUAAAAUUGAUCUGAAUUUUAGUUGUAUUGAAAUUCCAACCAAUUGAAACUAAUGGUAAUCAUGAUCAUGUUUAUUAUGAUGAUAUUUGUCUUAACCCACUUUUUAUGAAAAUGAUAAUGCACAAUUAGCUAGCACGUCAGCUAGCAAUGAAUAUUUGCAAAUGCAGCUGCUUCUCAGAAUAUGUAAUGUAGAAUUUUGACAUGAAAAUAAAUAAAUUUAUCGUUGAAAAUCAACACAUUGAUUCUCCUGCACUGAGUCCCAAAAUAAACAUUUAAGCUAAUGCUAGUGUUAGCAUUAGCAGUCUAUACAGUAACGGUUGAAUGUGUCUGAUUUUCAAAUUAUGCCUAAUUAUAAAUUUGGUUUAUUUCAAAUAGAAAACAACAAUUUGAGCAUUAUUUACAUUUAAAUCAUGUUUUAGUUGAGAAUAACUAACCAUUUUUUACUAGGUAGUCUGCUAGCACACAAGUACAUCAUUACUUAACCUUUAAUUUCAAGUUUCUUAUCAUUUUAAGGUAAAAAAAAUUAUAUUUUUAGCAAAGACUGUAAAUUUUUACGUUCAUCUUGUCCUAAAAAUAAAUAUCAAUUACAUACCGAAUACUCCAUUAAUUAAUAUUUAAAUCCAUCAGGGUCACAAUAAUUUCACACAUGAAUUUGUAUUUUCAAAUAUUGAAGGGAUAUUUACUUUGAAGCAAUCUUCUUUUCUGCCACUAGAUGUCACCGCAUUCAAAAUGGUAGGCCUUUAAAAAAUCCAAUAUUAGCAAAGAGAGUCUGUUGUUUUCUGUUGCAGUUUUAUUUAUAGAAACCUGUUCUGCUGUAAUACGUUUCUGAAUGUAAUUUCAGCAACAAUAAUCAUCUGAUUUCUGUGCUUAUUGUUUAUUAAUUGCUCAUAUUUUUGUUAUAUUGGUUUUUCUCUUGUGACUUCUGCAGUGUUUGGGAUAUUUACACUAUGAAAAGAAAAAAUUAGCGAGAAAUUUCUAUAUUUUUACUGAAAACCAAGCAAGUAUUGACAGAUUUAUAAGAGAAAAUCUACCACUUGUGAUGGGUAGCAUAUCAGAAUUCAGUAUUACUGUUUAGAAAGUAUCAAUAAAGUGGGAAUGUACCGAG